AUGGCGUCAAGUACAGCUGGGGUGAACUAUGCCGAUUUAAUAACGGAGGUUCUUCAUCUCCUCCUGGCGCAACGAAAUCUUGCGCUUUCUGGUUCGCGUGAUACCCUUCUUCGUCGCCUUGCUGAUCACGAUGGAGCAGAAGUCCCAGCUGCAUCGAGUGCCGAUCCAAGACCCAGCUCAACACCGGAAUACUCAUCCGAAUCUUUUCAUUUUCAACAUGUUUUCUGA